GAGAAAUAAACGUCGUAUAAGGAAUAAAUAAGUGAUGCUAGACGUAGAUGUUGAAGAGGACGUCUAAGAAGCACAAUGUCCGUUAUCGUAUCAUUCGCUCUAUUGAUGCAAUUAUUAGCGAGGAGCGUCGUCCUUGGGUGUGGUCAGGAUACUGCUCCUACAGUGCAUUUUCCUGCUGGUAUGAACCUUGGCGUGCACGUCUACACGGAUGUCAAUCACACGAGGCAUUUCAACACAUCACAACAGGCGCGCCAGUACGUGCUCAGUUUCUUCAAGUCGGUUUUCCUCCGGUUCUGGUCUGCGCACCAAAAUCUAAAGCUGCAUUUGGUUAACAUCACACUUUUGAACGACACCUCUGUGGAAAAUGACUGCUUCAAUUACGGUUUUCAUCAAUACACAGCUUUUCGACAGACGCGCUACACAAAGUACAUUAACCUUGACACAUCGCUGGAGAAGUUUAAGAAGUGCGUAAAAAAUGAAAGUUCUCCGGCAUAUUUGAAAGACGUGGCUCCACUGAUCUUCGUCCUGACUGCAUACGAAACAAGAAAGAGCAUUGGGGGAGUAAUGAGACGAACCCCAGGACGCGCACUCACUCAAGGUGGAAUAUGUACAGAAAACAACCUCGCUAUUGGACCGGACAUCCCGGGAUCAUACAUAGGAGUGCUUUCCACAGUCAGAUUGCUGGCAUAUUUAAUGGGAUCCCAGUAUGACGGGGAAAGGUUCGGUGCAAACGCGAACAACAUUAACUGCCAGCGAGGGAGUAAAUAUGUGAUGUCAUUCUAUGAAAAUGAGCACACCUCCAACCUUUUCUCUCCGUGUUCUUUGGUGGAGAUGCAAUCAGCACUGGGGUAUUCCGAAAAGAACGCGUGCCAGAAUAUGGCAAAAAGAACAGAUCUCAUCAAACUGAGCACACCAUUCCCCGGUGAGAGAAUAAGUCAAAAUGAACAAUGUAAAGCAAUCCACUGGGAUUACUAUCACAAGAACAACCCCGAGGAAUGUUUGACAGGAUGCCAGUACUACGCGGGGGGUCGAACCAUCACUGGAUCAACGGAUCGGUAUCCAAUGCUUGAUGGAAUGACCUGCCACAGUGGAAGUAAAUGCUAUAAUGGCAUAUGCAGAGCCGACAAGCCAGUAUUUUAAAAGAGGAAGAUCUGGUGUGCUGCCAUGCACAUCUCACGACACGGGAUAUUUCUGUGCAACGACGAUCCCUUUCACUAGUGCCACCACCACCUAAUAAAGUGCAGUAGUAAAGUAAUAAAGUGGCUCACGGCCAUCUUUUUCAGAAGAAAAACGAAAAAGUGUACA